AUGCGGGCGUUGUACCGAUCUGUCGAGUCCACCAUGGUGGUCCGGUCUACACCCUCAGAGGAGAAGAUUCAUGAGAGUUACCCUUUAAAUACAGAUGCAGAAGUAUCACCACUAAUUGAAAACAUACCAAAGACUUCUGCUGACGUUGCAGUAUCCAGGAAAUCCCACAAAAGCACAGCAGAUAAUUCUUGCCCAGGCAACACUUGGCUACUCCCGCCAUGCGGUCCUGAGCUCAGAGACCAAAACCUUUGGCGUUGUUGCUCAUUGAGAGAGAACAGCCAUGUUUCAAGCUUCUGACGCCAUGCCCUCAGUGUUCCCAACAUGGGCUCCUCCAGUCCCCUUCUUUUCACGAACAGCAGCCACCUCUCACCUGCGCACAGCAAAAUAUCGAGCCCUGGUAGGGAACUGGAGAAGCUUGCCAAAGCCAGAAGCAAACUCCUGGAGAGGGAAACCCACCAAACCCCCAGAUCCCCUGAAACCAGAGAGCAGCUUCGCUAUGUGUCCAAGGAUGGAAAGUGUCGUGUUGACCUGCGCCACAUUGAUGAAAGGGGGCGUUUUUUGUCUGAUAUAUUUACCUCUUUUGUGGACCUCCGAUACCGCUGGUUAUUUGUAUUCAUGCGGUGCUACACCAUCACCUGGUUCUUGUUUGCUGGGCUCUACUACACUAAUGCUUAUUUCCGAGGCGACCUGGGACAAGAGCUACCUCUGGGCACAGCAGAAAACCACCUAGCAGAGCAGAACCAACACUGUUACUUUGGAAUAGAUGGCUUCAUUUCUGCUCCUCUCUUCUCCGUGGAGACACAACGUAUGAUCGGUUAUGGGUCACGCACCGUGUCUCCCAUCUGUCACAAGGGUGUGCUUCUGGUCAUGAUGCAGUGCAUUGCUGGCUCCAUGAAAGACGCUCUCAUGGUGGGUUGCAGGUUUGUGAAAAUAAUCCGGCCUAAGAAGCGAGCCGAGACUCUUCUUUUCAGUCACACUUGUGUCAUUUCCAAUCGUGAUGACCGGCUGUGCUUAAUGCUUUGCCUGGGGGACUUGAGAGAAAGCCACAUGGUAAAUGCAAAAGUCAGAGCCAAGUUAAUCAAGACACGCCAGACCGCUGAGGGAGAGUUUCUUCCUCUUGGGAAGACAGAGGUUGACCUCGGAUACAAAAAUGGGUCAGACUGACUUUUUCUUGCGGAGCCUCAAGUCAUAAAGCACAAUAUUGAUGUGAAGAGUCCACUGUGGGAGCUGGAUCCAGAGCAACUUAGGGUUAUCUUGGAGGGAAUUUUUGAAGCCACGGCUUGA